GAGAAUCUACAAAAUGCUGCGAUUAAUUUAGCAAAUUUUAUAACGUUUUUGGGUCUCCAGUUUGCUUUCCCCUGUUCCUCCCCAAGCUAGGGUUUUCUUGGGUUUCUCGCCCCGCUCUUCGAUCCAAAACACCUCCGAAAGGGGCCAAAUUGAUCGAUCUCAUCGCCCACUCCGGCCGGGGAUCUCGCCCCCCAAGAUUCGUUUGACGAGUUCUGUGGUCCUGAUGCUUGGAUAAGUAAGUAAAGUAGAGAAUUUGGGGUAAAAAGAAAGGUUUUCGGUGCAAUUCAACCUGUGAUUUUUUUUUUUUUUUUUUUUUUUUUUUUUUGCGGGUUAAAUUUUGGACGGCAUAAGUAACGUCAACAAGCUAUUAAGAAGAUAUGAAUCCGUAUAUAGUUGCCAUCUUUGUCCCUGUUCUGUUCUCUCUAAUGCUACGCAAGACAAAGGAUGGAAAGAAGAGGGGGUUGCCUGUUGACGUAGGCGGAGAACCGGGUUAUGCGAUACGUAAUUACCGUUUUGCCACCCCCAUAGAAACGCACUGGGAAGGGGUCUCGACACUAGCCGAACUGUUCGAGCAAUCAUGCAAGAGAUUUGCAUAUAUGCCUCUUUUUGGAUCUAGGAAGCUUAUAUCGAGGGAAAAGGAAUUAGCUCCAGAUGGAAGAUCUUUUGAGAAGCUCCAUUUGGGAGAUUAUGUGUGGCUAAGUUAUGGUGAGGCUUUCAAAUCUGUGUGCAAUUUUGCGUCUGGUUUGGUGCAAAUUGGCCACAGCAAGGAUGAACGUGUUGCUAUUUUUGCUGAUACACAAACAGAGUGGCAGAUCGCGUUGCAGGGCUGCUUUAGGAGAAGUGUGACAGUUGUCACUAUUUAUGCUUCCUUGGGGGAGGAAGCUCUUUGCCACUCAUUAAAUGAGACAGAGGUUGCUACUGUGAUCUGUGGACACAAAGAAUUGAAGAAGUUGAUUGAUAUAAGUGGACAACUGGACACUGUUAAAAAUGUGAUCUAUAUAAAUGAGGAAGGCAUCCCAACUGAGGUUUCGCUGGCUGAGAAGAGCACUAGUUGGAAAGUUACAUCAUUUGAUGAAGUAGUGAAAUUGGGAAGGGAAACUCCUGUUGAUGCAGAUUUGCCUGUCGCAGCUGACAUUGCUGUGAUAAUGUAUACAAGUGGUAGUACUGGUUUGCCCAAGGGCGUAAUGAUGACACAUGGCAACAUCCUGGCCACAGUUUCAGCUGUUAUGACCAUUGUUCCUGGACUUGGUCGCAAGGAUGUAUACUUGGCAUACCUCCCACUGGCCCAUGUUCUCGAGUUAGCAGCUGAAGCUGUAAUUGCUGCUGCAGGGGGCGCUAUCGGGUAUGGAUCACCUUUGACUCUUACCGAUACAUCAAAUAAGAUUAAGAAAGGAACAAAAGGCGAUGCUUCAAUGUUGGCUCCAACAUUGAUGACUGCUGUACCUGCUAUACUAGACCGCGUCCGAGAUGGUGUCCGGAAAAAUGUACAUACAAAGGGUGGCCUUGCAAAGACAUUAUUUGACAUUGCAUAUAGCCGUAGGUUAGCAGCAGUUAAUGGAAGUUGGUUUGGAGCGUGGGGUCUAGAGAAAAUCUUGUGGGAUAUUCUCGUCUUCAGGAAGGUUCGGGCAGUGUUGGGUGGACGUGUUCGUUUUCUGCUUUCUGGCGGAGCUCCUCUCUCUGGAGAUACCCAAAGAUUUAUCAACAUAUGCCUUGGGGCUCCAAUAGGGCAAGGAUAUGGUCUAACAGAAACUUGCGCUGGUGGUACGUUCUCUGAAUUCGAUGACACUUCCGUUGGACGUGUUGGUGCUCCACUCCCUUGUUCGUUUGUCAAGUUGAUUGACUGGCCAGAAGGCGGAUAUUUAGCAACAGAUUCACCAAUGCCCCGGGGAGAAAUAGUUAUCGGCGGUCCAAAUGUAACUGCUGGAUACUUCAAAAACAAAGAGAAAACUAGGGAAUCAUACAAGGUUGAUGAGAGAGGAAUGCGGUGGUUUUACUCUGGUGACAUUGGGCGAUUUCAUCCCGAUGGUUGCCUUGAAAUCAUUGAUCGUAAAAAGGAUAUAGUGAAGCUCCAACAUGGUGAAUAUGUCUCUUUGGGAAAGGUGGAGGCUGCUCUCAGCAUAAGCCCAUAUGUCGACAACAUCAUGCUACAUGCAGAUCCCUUCCACAGUUAUUGUGUUGCCCUCGUGGUACCUGCACGAAAUGCAUUGGAAAAUUGGGCUUCUAACAAAGGAAUCGCGUAUAGUGAUUUUGCAGAUCUGUGCCAAAAACCUGAAACAAUGAAAGAAGUGCUCGGAUCAUUAGCAAAGGCCGGUAAGGAAGCACGUCUGGAGAAGUUUGAGAUUCCGUCAAAAAUCAAAUUGCUUGCCGAGCCGUGGACUCCAGAGUCUGGCCUCGUCACCGCCGCACUUAAGAUCAAAAGAGAGGCAAUCAGGAAAGCAUUUGCCGAAGAUCUUGCUAACUUAUAUGCCUGAACCUGAGGUAUAAGCUAUGUGAGGCACUCUUCUGUUCCAGAAAAGUUUGAAGCCAAAAAUAUAUACCUGGUUUAGUUGUUUGCGUUGUACAAGCCGGCAUUUACUGUUUCUGAGCUAGAUGCUUUGCGGCUUAUUACCCUUUCUGAUGAUCAAGUUUUUCUAUUAACUCUUGCAAUUUUCCUAAUCAGAGAGCCAAAUUUUGAGUUAUCUGGUGGACUUGCAAUGCGCUAAAAUUGUUUGUCCAAUAUUUACUUAUGUUUGAUGGCAAACAGUUCCUUGCAGAAUAGUAUACUUACUCGUUUAUCCUGCCUA